AUGCGCGUCGACCCCUUUACGACGGCGGUCGCCGUCGCCUCGCUGGCGGCGUCCGGGCUCGUGCCGCAGGCCCCGGUGGCGCCGCCGGCGCCGCGGACGCCGGCCGAGAUGCUGCGCCGCGAGGCCAUUGAUGGCGCCGUCGAGCGCGCCUGGCGCGGCCUGGACGGCCACCGCGCGACGCCGGACGAGGAGGCCGCGAUCGAUGAAAUCGCGGGCGAGUUCGGCAAUACUUAUGGAGAGGUCGUCGCGGGCGGCGCGCGCACCGUCUUCGACAUGCUCGGGCUGCUCCACGACGCGCCUGAGGAUGCGUCAUUCGCCGACCUCGGCUCGGGUGCCGGGCGGAUGGUCGCGCAGUGCUGGCUCGAAUGUCAUGUGCAGUCGUCGGUGGGCGUCGAGCUCUCGCGCACGCGGCACGACUGCGCGGUCGAGGGCCUCGCGCGCCUGCUCGUCGACGACGACGCACCCGCCGCUUUGUCAACAGCGGCCGCGCCCGAGUUCGUGCACGGCGACAUCCUCGCCGCACUGCCGGAGCUGGAGGUGUCGCACGCGUACGUCGCCUCGCUCCUCUUCGACGACUGCAUGCUGGCGAAGCUCGGCCGCGCGCUCGACGCGAGUACCGUCGCGAGUAUUGCGACGCUGAGCGACUUCCCGAGCGAGUCCUUUGAUCGGGUAGGCAAGCGCCGCGCGGCGAUGUCGUGGAACGCGGCCGGCGGCGGGACCGACGUGUUCCUGUACCAGCGGCGGCGGCCGACGCUGUUCGGCAAGAUGUUUGGUAGUGUAACAUAAGGCUC